CUGGUUAUUACUGUACCGCCACUCGUGCGCCGCGGUACUACAGAGUCGCUGGGUUGCCGGGUCCGAGUAGCUGCGCGCGCGAGCGGCAGGGAAUGGAAACAGAAAACACGGGCAGCUAUUCUCUUCAGCAAGCUCAAGCUUUUUAUACAUUUCCACUCCAACAAAUGAUGACUGAAGUUCCUAAUAUGGCAGUUAUGAAUGCACAAGAAAUGCCAACUGAAGUUCCAGCCCCAACACCUGCUCAGGAACCCACACAAGAGACUCCUCCAAAAGGAAGGAAAAGAAAACCCAGAACGACAGAACCAAAAACACCAGUGGAGCCCCAAAAACCUGCUGAGGCCAAAAAGUCUGGCAAGUCCACAAAGUCAAAAGAAAAGCAAGAAAAAAUUACAGACACAUUUAAAGUGAAAAGAAAAGUGGACCGUUUCAAUGGUGUUUCAGAAGCUGAACUUCUGACCAAGACUCUACCAGACAUUUUGACCUUCAAUCUGGACAUUGUAAUUAUUGGCAUAAAUCCAGGACUGAUGGCUGCUUACAAAGGGCAUCACUACCCUGGGCCUGGAAACCAUUUUUGGAAGUGCCUGUUUAUGUCAGGGCUGAGUGAGGUCCAACUGAGUCACAUGGACGAUCACACUCUACCAGGGAAAUAUGGUAUUGGAUUUACCAAUAUGGUGGAAAGGACAACACCAGGCAGCAAGGAUCUUUCCAGUAAAGAAUUUCGUGAAGGAGGACGUAUUCUAGUGCAGAAAUUACAGAAAUAUCAGCCACGAAUAGCAGUGUUUAAUGGAAAAUGUAUUUACGAAAUUUUUAGUAAGGAAGUUUUUGGAGUAAAGGUUAAGAACUUAGAGUUUGGACUUCAACCCCAUAAGAUCCCAGAUACAGAAACUCUCUGCUAUGUGAUGCCAUCAUCCAGUGCAAGAUGUGCGCAGUUUCCUCGUGCUCAGGACAAAGUGCAUUACUACAUUAAGCUGAAGGACUUAAGAGAUCAGUUGAAAGGCAUUGAACGAAACACAGACGUUCAAGAAGUGCAAUAUACAUUUGACCUACAGCUCGCCCAAGAGGAUGCAAAGAAGAUGGCUGUGAAGGAAGAAAAAUACGACCCGGGUUAUGAAGCAGCGUAUGGCGGUGCUUACAAUGAAAACCCCUGCCCUGGUGAACCUUGUGGAUUCUCUUCAAAUGGGCUGGCUGCUGACAAUGGAGAAUCAACUUUCAGUGACAUUCCAAACGGACAGUGGAUGACCCAGUCAUUUACAGACGAGAUCCCUUCAUUUAGUAAUCACUGUGGGACGCAAGAACAAGAAGGAAACCACGUUUAAGGAUGGUGUUUUUCAGCCCUGCUUAAAUGCUGCAGUUUUAAUGCAGUUGUCAAGUGGCCCUCGGUUUGCUAGCUGAAGCAUUUUAUUCGUAUGUUAUUCAGGUGUUGUAAUCAAGGUACAGUGGAGUCAACUGUACGGACCUAAGUAGUUUGGAAGGAAAAGGGUUUUUCUGUAUAUGAGUUUUUGUAUUUGAAUUAACCAUCAUUCCAGCUUUUUUAUAAAACUGUAUUUCAUUUAUGAAGAAAUUAAU